GCCUCACUGGUAAGCCUCACAGUAAAGCUCUUAUUAAUAGUUGUAGCACUCGCACCCACAGCGUAGAGUACGGAUUCAACAACAACCAAAAAAUGUUUUUCACCAAGGCAGCAAUAAUUUUAACUCUAUUCUGGGCCGCAGUAACCUAUGGCGAGGAGAAAAACUGGACCUAUGAAUUGAUUAGCAUAGAGGCAACCACCACCGAUCCCGAUGUGGCCGACAUUGCAGUGAAGGAAAAACGCAUUGGUCGCGGCCUGUAUGCCUUCAGCGGGUUUCUGGAUUUCAAAACGGAAUUAGACGAUACGACAGUGGUCGAUGUAAGGGUCUAUCGUAGUUCCACAGAACGUGAACAGGACUAUCAGUUGACACCAUUCGUGAUAGACAAUGAAGUUCUAACGAAUUUCAUUAAUUUCCACUACAAGGCCUACAUUAUGCCUUCGAUCAAGGAAUGUGCUCCCGAUGCUCCGCAAUUCGAGGGCGAUGAUGAGUUUGUGGCUCCGUUCAGUGCAAUGCGUAUCGAUGUGAAUAAUUGUGAUGUCCCCGUGGAUGGUUUCCCCAAUCUCUUGGAAUAUGGGUUGUAUAAAAUUGAGGCCUAUGCCCGUAAUGAUAUUGAAAUGUUUUUAAAGGUUGUCGUUAGGGUAGAGAGGCCAUAAAGUGAGAGAGGAAAAUUAUGUGAGAAUAUUUGAAUGUGGAAAUAUUUUCGAAUUGCUUAUAUUUUAUAUAUUUUUGUGGACAUUCAAAUACAAUUAUUUAAUAAAAAUUCAGUAAAUUGA